AUGACCUUCCGGGAGAUCAUGCACCGCAUCAAGGUGGACCUGGGCCCGCCGAUUCCACCCUUGGAGCGCUUCGAGAAGGAGGUCACGCGCUUCGAGCACCUGAAGCAGGAGCUGUCUAUGAAGAAGACCCCUACAGAUAUCCAUUGGCUCCGCAUCGACGCGCAGCCCGUGAAGGUGACCUUGGUGAAUUGCGCCCGGAAGUGGGAAGAGAAGUUCACCGGCUUCUUACGUGGCUUUCUGGAGGACCGCAUUGCCUCGCUCAGCGCCUUCAUCGACUCGGUGAGGACUGGCCUGGGGCCGCCCUCGGCCGCCGAGAACCCGGAGGACGAGCGCCUGCUCUACCAGACGAUGACCAAAAUCCGGGAUGUGAAGCUGGCACGCGGCGCCAUGCAGAGGUUAUUCCACCCCCUUCGUGAGCAGGUGCAGAUGUUGAAGAAGCACGCUCGUGCUCCCAUCUCAGAGGAGCGAUGGAACAGCCUGGAGCAAGCGCCCGCCCACUGGGCCGAGGUAGACCGGGCUGCCUUCAACGAGAAGGAGAAGAUCUUGCCUUUACAAAACCAGGAGAUGCAGAAGAUCCGCGUGAAGAUCGAGGGCUUCCGGGAAGACGUGCGGAACUUCCGGUUCGAGUUUCUGGAGCGCUGUCCUUUUGGAAGUGAGCAUGCGGUCACCGGCUCUUAUGACAAGAGUUAUGCCAUCAUCAACGAGUAUUAUGGCAAGACCAUGGAGAUCCAAGCUCGCGCCGAGCAGUUCAACGACCUGGAGCUGCUCUUUGACAUGGCCAUGUCCGACUACCGGCCGCUGAACGAUUGCCUGAACAAUCUGAUCCUCUUGAAGAACCUCUGGGACUUGAUCGUCUUGGUGCGCGAGACCUUCUCGGCCUGGUACACGGUGCCCUGGGAGAAGAUCGACACCGGGCAGAUGCUGGUCACCGUCCGCGAGCUGGCGCAGCAGGUCCGAAGCGCGCAGAAGGGGCUCCGAGCCUGGCCCCUCUAUGCUUGGAUCCAGGAUGAGGUGAAGAAUAUGUCUGCAGCGCUGCCGCUGGUCAAUGAGCUUCACUCGGACACCAUGCGCGACCGCCACUGGGCCUUGCUCAUGGCCGUCACCAAGAAGACCUUCGAGAAGGGGCCAGAGUUCAGCUUCCGGCACCUUCUGGAGCUGGAGUUGCACCACUUCUCGUCUGAUGUCUACGACAUUGUGGACCAGAGUGUCAAAGAAGCCAAGAUCGCGUGGAGCCAAGAGGGGAAGUUGGAUGGCAUCCGCAAGACUUGGUCCAAGAUGAGCGUGGAUUUCGACAACGGCCGCGAGGACUGUCCUUUGCUCGCAGACCUCUCGGAGGUGCUGGAGCGGUUGGAGUCGGACUCCUUAGAGAUGCUGUCCAUGGCCUCGCAGGGCCGGUUCAUCGAGUUCUGCAAGCCCACAGUGGACGAGUGGAGCGAGAAGCUUCAAACGGUCGAUGCGGUCCUGCAGGUCUGGCGGAAAUUCCAAGUGAACUGGUGCCGCCUGGAGCCCAUCUUCAUGCAAAGCGACGACAUCCGAUCACAACUCCCGGAUGACUCAAAGCGUUUCGAGCUCUUGGACAACAGCUGGAAGGAUUUGAUGAUGGAGGCAUCCAGGUCGUCUCUGAUCGUGGAGAUCUGCAUGGCCGAGGGCCGCGCACAGACCUUGGCCGAUAUCAGCGAUGCCUUGGAUACCUGCGAGCGCUCCUUGAACGAUUAUCUGGAGCAGAAGAAGAAGUAUUUUCCACGGUUCUACUUCGUCGCCAAUGGGGCCUUGCUGGACAUCCUCUCCAACGGCAACAAGCCCUUAAAGGUGGCCGAAUACUUGGGCGACGUCUUUGACGGGAUCCGCACCCUGGACUUCUCCAAAGACCCGCAGUUCGGCCGCAUCGCCUGCGGCCACCGGGCCAAAGACGGCGAGUUCGUGGCCUGGCCGUCCGAGACGGGCCCCUUCCAGCUGGAGGGCCCCGUGGAGCAGUACUUGUCGGGCCUCGAGGCCCACGUGCGCCUGGCGCUUCGAGAAAUCUUGGAGCAGGCGCGGACCUCUGCGGAAAGCUGGGAGGUGGGAGACAGGCCGACACAAGCGCGGCUCGACGAAUACUGUGCCCAGCUGAGCCUCUUGGCCACUCAGAUCAUCUGGACGGAGGAGACGGCGCGGGCCUUCGAGGACAUGGAGGCAGGCAGCGAGACGGCCAUGCGGGACUACAAGCGGGUGAACGACGAUCGGAUUGACAAGCUGAUUCGACGCGUGCAGAAGGAGUCCGACAGGGAGCUGCGCACCAAGGUCAUCACCAUCAUUACCAUCGACGUCCAUUCCAGAGACGUCAUCGAAUCCUUCGUCCUGCAGAAGGUGAACGAAGCCAACGACUUCAGGUGGGGCUCCCAGCUCCGCUUCUACUGGCAGAUGUGCCCUCCAGGCCUGAACCUGGUGUCCUUCACUCCCGCACAGCAGAAGACUUGCUUGAUCCGGAUCUGCGACUGGGCCACCUGCUACUCCUACGAGUACGUGGGCAACGUUGGGAGGCUGGUCAUCACCCCUCUGACGGACCGAUGCUACAUCACCCUGACGCAGGCCUUGAACCUUUGUUUGGGAGGUGCUCCCGCGGGGCCGGCAGGGACCGGGAAGACGGAGACCACGAAGGACUUGUCGAGGGCCCUGGGCCUGCCCAUUGUCGUGUUCAACUGCAGUGACCAGAUGACCUACCAGACGACGGCGCAGAUUUUCAUGGGCCUUGCCCAGGUUGGUGCCUGGGGCUGCUUCGAUGAGUUCAACCGGAUCUCCAUCGAGGUCUUGUCGGUGGUUUCCACACAAUACAAGUCCGUCUUGGAUGCCAUCCGUGCGAACAGCAAGACCUUCCUCUUCGUGGAUGAGGAGCUGCGGCUGAUCAAGACCUGCGGCGCCUUCAUCACCAUGCCCGGGGCCUCACGCGCGCGCGCCUCCCACGAAUCCUUUGAGAUGAGGGUCGAGAGCUGUGCUGCCUUGGACGGGAAUCCUGGUUAUGCUGGCCGCACUGAGCUGCCUGAAAACCUGAAGGCCUCAUAUUGCAGUGCCUCAGUUCCAAACCUGCAUCUUCCCGCUUUUCCUGCUAGGCCCUGUUCCGGUCAGUGGCGAUGA